CCCAGCAUGCUGGGUUGCACCAGAAACAAACACCUGAGAAAACUAGGCUGCCCCCUACGUAAGGCGUAGCUUUUUCUUCCGCGUGACACGAGGGAGGCGGAGCCGGAGUUUGAAUCCGGUGGCGGGAAGUCCGCCAGGAGGCAAGGGAUUAAAGAGGCUUUGGGGUUCUUCUUCGGCUGGGCGCCCGCGCUGUCGUCUCCUCCUCUCUUCCCUAUGGCGAAGCAGCAGAGCCGGGAGCAGGGCAUCACCCUGCGGGGCAGCGCCGAGAUUGUGGCGGAGUUCUUCUCAUUUGGCAUCAACAGUAUUUUAUACCAACGUGGGAUCUAUCCUGCUGAAACCUUUACGCAUGUUCAGAAAUAUGGACUCACUAUGCUUGUAACUGCAGAUGUGGAACUUAAAAACUAUCUGAACAAUGUGGUGGGACAGCUAAAAGAAUGGCUCUGUGAGUGCCUAGUUCAGCGUCUAGUGGUGGUGAUCUCCAGUAAGGAAACCAGUGAAGUUCUUGAAAGGUGGCAAUUUGAUAUUGAAUGUGACAAAACUGCAAAGGAAGAAAAUGCACCAAGAGAGAAAUCACAGAAAGCUAUACAGGAUGAAAUUAAAUCUGUUAUCAGACAAAUAACAGCUACAGUGACAUUUCUUCCUUUGUUGGAAACUACCUGUGCAUUUGACUUACUAAUUUUCACAGACAAAGACUUGGAAGUUCCAGACAAGUGGGAAGAGUCGGGCCCACAGUUCAUUGCUAAUUCUGAAGAAGUCCGUCUUCGUUCCUUCACAACUACUAUUCACAAAGUCAACAGUGUGGUGGCCUACAAAAAAGACGCACUUCCUUGACUGGACAAAUACCAGCACGAUUGUAUAUAAGUCUGUCUUAACUUUAUCCAACCAUAAUUACAUUCAGAAUAGAUCCUUGCACUAAGGCUAUUCACAAAAGCAGCUUAACCCAGGCUAGGGCAGCCCAACCUGGGUCAGGCUAUUUGUGUGCAGCGCUGGGAUCGGGGCCGAUCCCAGCACUGCCCGCCCACCUAACCUUUGAACCCUGGCCUUUUGCCAGGGUUAAGGGCAUGAAGUGCACCCUUAACCCCGGCACCAGGGUCAUGUGGGUGCUCAGGCUGCGCACAGAGUUGGGCACCUAAAGCACCGGACUCCUGGGGGAAACCUCCAAUGCACCGUGCACAUUGUGCAGUGCACUGUGGGAUAUCAGAAGCAAGCAUGGUCCCAGGAUCUGGAGAUCCGUGCUGCUUAGAUCGUGUGGGAGCGCAAUCUGCACAUCCCAACAGCAUGAGAGGAUUGUCGGGGAAGAUAAGUUCAGCACCUGGUUGUGUGCAUAGCCUUAUGGUCCAGUUUGAAUGACAAUGGCAAAAAAGCACACUGUACAUAUUCCACAUCUGGCAGUCAGUGCUGUCCCUUUCUUUUUUAAAAAACUAAGCCAUCUUCAGUUAUAUUCUGAAAACACCUAUGAUUUUCCACCUGGAUCAUAUAAUAAAACUUCCCCAGAGUAAAACACAGUUCUAGAAUACCAAACAUCAAAUCUGAUGUUAGAAAUUAUACUGUUGCUACUUUACCAAGAAUUCUUAAAUCUUUUAACAUGCAGUUGAAUUCUCAUACUGGUCUCUACAAAACAGAAGCUGUAACAUUUAUGUCAUGUCUUUAAUUGUUUGUCUUUUUGUAGAAUAAAAGUUUAACAUGUACAA